AUGGAGGCGCUGCUGUCUGCAGUUGCUAGCGACCUCGUCGGCCGGUUGAUCUCCUUCCUCAUCAGCAAGUUCCAGGAGCCCGGCUCCACCACCACCGACGACGACGUCGUCAGGCUGCAGCGAGCGCUGCUGCGAGCCCGCGUCGUCGUCGAGGAGGCCGAGGCGCGGCAGGUCACCAACCGGGCGAUGCUGCUGCAGCUCAACCAGCUGAGGGGAGAGAUGUGCCGGGGCGCCUACGUGCUCGACGCCUUCACGAGGCGAGCCGUCGAGCGCAGCAGGAGGAGACCGCACGCCACGGCGAGGCGGUCGCUCGGCUUGCCUCCGGGCAGUGACGCCACAGGUGAGCUGUCUGUUCUGGUGGACACCCUGGAAGCUGCGCUGAGCGACAUGAGGGAGUUCAUCGUGCUCCUCGGUGCCUGUCCACGUCUCAACCGCCAGCCGUACAGCUUCUACCUGUUCAUGGAGACGUGCAUGUUUGGCCGGCAGAUAGAGAAGGAGCAGAUCGUCAGCUUCCUGCUACAACCUGCUAAAGAUUUGGAUGUUCUUCCGGUCAUCGGCCCUCACGAAGUCGGCAAGCGGACUCUGGUUGAGCACGCGUGCCUCGAGGAGAGGGUGCGAGAGAAAUUCGCCAAGAUUCAUUAUCUUAACAGUGAUAAUCUUAUUCUACCGAGCCAUGAGCAUCAUCAAGGGUUGAUCGACACCGCUGCUAGAUCUCUGUUCGUGAUCGACCUCGCCGGCGGCGACGUGGACGAGGAAGAGCGAUGGAAAAGGUUCCGCUCGUCCGUUCGCCGCCGCGCGCACGGAGAGAGCAAGGUCGUAAUCAUCAGCAGGACGGAGGCGCACUCGGGCCUGGGCACCGUGCCGCCGCUCAGGCUGCGCAAGCUGCGCCGGGAGGAGCUCUGGUACCUGUUCAAAGCGAUGGCGUUCGGAGGCUCCGACCCGGAGGAGCGCCCGGAGCUGCUGCGCGUCGCCAUGGCGCUGUUCGCCGGCAUCCCGGACCUCACGCCGUUCGCCGCGGUGAACAAGAUCGCCGCGUCGCUCCGCGCCGACCUGAGCGCGCGGUCCUGGCGCCGCGUCCUGAAGGUGUCCACCGGAGUGACGGUGCUGCAGCUUGGCGCCGGUGAGUGGGGGAUUUAUUACCCCCGCGUGCCGGUGAAGGGCGCCCCGCCGAAUGCUCCGUGCUUGUUCUACGACAGGCGAAAGUCGACGGGCAUGGCACGGAGCGAGCUCCCGACGGUGACGAUGCUGGAGGUUGGCAGAGGCGUCGAAUGGGCCGGGGAGAAGCGGUUUGACGUGCUGGUGUGGCAAUCCCGCAUCCCUCCGUACGCGAGCUACGUCGCGACGUGCGACAUGGAGAGAGCUGCUAAGGUGGAGGCCGGCAAGAAACGGCGUCUGAAUAAGAGGAGGAGAGGCCAACUGGUUCGUGGCUCCGGCAAAGAGAAGGCGGAGCUAGGGGAAGACGUUCAGUGA